AUGGCGACGGGAGGGCGUGGAGUUGCACGCCCAUUUCGCCGCAGCCCCGAGGACCGCAAGGCAGGGAAGCUGUGGGCUAGGCAGUCUGCCGAUCGUGCGAUCAUCAAGCUCUCCGACGAGCUCAGGCGGGUGCAGGCGGACUUCGAGGCGAUCAUUUGCGGCCUCACCACCAUCUUCGGGUGCGCGGAGCUGGCCGAUCGCAUCGUCGCGCUGGCGCCGGCCGUGGGGGAGAAGCUAGCAGGGCGCAUGCCGUCUGCGGCGCAAGCUGUGAGAAGGAACGUUGCCCUGCAUUCGACGCUCGCGGUUGCGGCGCUUCAGAAAUAUGGGCCGGUGGAGGCUGUUGCGGAGGGCAGAGCAGAGAGCUUCACGUUCAACGCGGACGCUUUGGAGUUCUUCCCUUGUGGCCCGCUCGGCACGUGUUGGGAAUGUUUGCCGCUGCCUGGUGUGCUUGGCUAUUCGGAGUCGGGGUUGAUCGAGGCCGUCGAGGGCACCUCCUUGGGCUGCGCUGGCGACGGCGGCGGGGAGCAUGAUGUCGGCCCUGCUUGCGACGUGCCGUCUAAGGUGAUCACCCCCGAGUUUUUCGCAGCUGGACCUGCGGCGGAGGGGGGCUGUUGCAGCACCUUGGACGAGCUCCUGGAGGCAGAGGUGUUGAAGUAUGAGGCGCUGGAGGCUGCACGUGCUUCGCCUGGGGCCCUGGGGGCCGGCUCGGCCGAGUUCGACUUCCAGGAGGUGGGUGCUGCCGACGCUGAAGCUGAAGUGGAUGCGGCCUGCUCGGUGUCGGAGGCGGCGCCACAGGCCAGCACUGCGGUUCUGGCGUACCUGCACGCUCACCCUGCGGCGCUCCUCUCGGGUGGCGGCGGGGCCCUCGAGGCUCCUGUGGCUGGCGGCACUGGUCCUGGCGCUGGUUUCGAGGGCAGCCGCGCCCGCAGGAAGCGAGGUGCAAGCAUGGGGCGGCGCGCCCGUCGCGUCCGCUUCGACCUUCGCCCCGUCGUCAUCGGCACGGCCUUCGAGGAAGAUGCCGAGGCCCAGGACCGCAAGGCAGGGAAGCUGUGGGCUAGGCAGUCUGCCGAUCGUGCGAUCAUCAAGCUCUCCGACGAGCUCAGGCGGGUGCAGGCGGACUUCGAGGCGAUCAUUUGCGGCCUCACCACCAUCUUCGGGUGCGCGGAGCUGGCCGAUCGCAUCGUCGCGCUGGCGCCGGCCUUGGGGGAGAAGCUAGCAGGGCGCGUGCCGUCUGCGGCGCUAGCUGUGAGAAGGAACGUUGCCCUGCAUUCCGACGCUCGCGGUGUACGAGUGUCGACUGCGCCGAUCGAGCAGUUGCGGCGCCUGCAGAAAUAUGGGGCCAGGCUGGAGGCCCGUGCGGAGGCAGAGAGCUUCACGUUCAACGCGGACGCUGCGGAGUUCUUCCGUUGUGGCCCGCUCGGCACGUGUUUGGAAUGUUUGCCGCUGCCUGGUGUGCUUGGCUAUUCGGAGUCGGGGUUGUUCGAGGCCGUCGAGGGCACCUCCGUGGCUUGCGCUGGUGACGGCGGCGGUGAGCAUGAUGUCGGCCCUGCUGGUGACGUGCCGUCUAAGGUGAUCACCCCCGAGUUUUCGCAGCUGGUCGCAAGUCGUCUUCUACUUCGGCGCCAUCGCUGGGCCUCUGUCCUGUCGAAGGGCUGCGCCAGGGAGGUGGGGUUCCAGUUCGUGCUGUUCUUCCUGGGGAGCCGCUUCGUGCUGAUAGUCUUCCGGAUCUGCUGGCUGGCCCAGGUGUUGAAGUAUGAGGCGCUGGAGGCCGCACGUGCUUCGCCUAGGGCCCUGGGGGCCGGCUCGGCCGAGUUCGACUACCAGGAGGUGGGCGCUGCCGACGCUGAAGCUGAAGUGGAUGCGGCCUGCUCGGUGUCGGAGGCGGCGCCACAGGCCAGCACUGCGGUUCUGGCGUACCUGCACGCUCACCCUGCGGCGCUCCUCUCGGGUGGCGGCGGGGCCCUCGAGGCUCCUGUGGCUGGCGGUACUGGUCCUGGCGCUGGUUUCGAGGGCAGCCGCGCCCGCAGGAAGCGAGGUGCAAGCAUGGGGCGGCGCGCCCGUCGCGUCCGCUUCGACCUUCGCCCCGUCGUCAUCGGCACGGCCUUCGAGGAAGAUGCCGAGGCCCAGGACGGUUAG